UUACAUCACCCCGCCCCCACCCGGCCAACAGACCUUGCGCAGCCCAACCAGAAGACGUACCUUGACCUGGGAUGCUCACCUACCUGUGAUGACAAGCGAUUUGUGAACAAGCCCCUGGCAUUCUCAAUUCUUACUUCACUCUCAAAGACAGUGUUUUUCGCAAUAUCGAUUUUUCGUGGGAGAGUAACUUUAAGUCUAAGGCGUCAAGUGGUCUUCGAAACAAUCAACCCCCCUCUUAUCCGAAGCCUGCCAGUCUCCCUUGUCCCUGGAUCGCUUGAUCCUCCAAAUAACAGUCAUGAACGUUCUCAAACUUCAGAGGAAGUUUCCCGAGUUCCAACAAAACGAGAUCUUUGAGCUCUCCAACUCGUUCUCAAAGCUUGAUGUCGACGACAAAGGAUACCUCGACGAGGCCACCGCGAUCAAAGCUACCCAGCAGAGCGAACGUCAGCCCUACGAUGUCGUGCGCCAGGCCCUCAAGGAAGUCGAUCUGGACUCGUCGCGACGAGUAGAGCUUGAAGAUUACGUCGGCCUGAUCGCAAAGCUGCGCCAGUCCUCCCCCGCGCAAAAGCGUCUUUCUGGCGGCGGCGGCGCGGCGCCUCUCGCCCCAUCAGGUGUCGUCUCGCAGAGGACUGGCGGGCACGCUUCGAAACCGAGUGUUAGUGGCAAGAUUCAGGUGCAAGGCUCCAACGCGAACAUCACGCAUACCAUCAACGAGGAUGAGCGCACAGAGUUUACCCGCCACAUCAACGCCGUUCUUGCCGGUGAUCCCGACAUUGGCAGCCGCCUCCCCUUCCCUACCGACACCUUUGAAAUGUUCGACGAGUGCAAGGACGGUCUUGUGCUGGCCAAGUUGAUCAACGACAGCGUGCCCGACACCAUCGACGAGCGUGUGCUCAACCGCCCCGGAAAGAAAACCAAGAACCUCAACCACUUCCAGAUGACCGAGAACAACAAUAUCGUCAUUGAGUCUGCCAAGGGUAUUGGUUGCUCGGUGGUCAACAUUGGUAGCGGAGACAUCAUUGAGGUCCGCGAGCAUUUGAUUCUAGGUCUCAUUUGGCAGGUUAUCCGGAGAGGUCUGCUGGGCAAGAUUGAUAUCAAGCUGCACCCCGAGCUCUACAGGCUGUUGGAGGAGGACGAGACACUGGAGCAGUUCCUGAGGCUGCCUCCGGAGCAGAUCCUGCUGCGCUGGUUCAACUACCACCUGAAGGCGGCCAACUGGCCGAGGAGGGUCAACAACUUCUCUAGUGACAUCAAGGAUGGCGAGAAUUAUACUGUGCUCUUGGCCCAGAUUGGCACCGAAUACGGCUGCGACAGGUCGCCACUGCAGACGCAAGAUCAUCUCCAACGUGCCGAGCAGGUCCUUCAAAACGCUGACCGGAUGGGCUGCCGCAAGUUUCUGACGCCCACAUCUCUUGUUGCCGGAAACCCCAAGCUGAACCUUGCAUUCGUUGCAAACCUGUUCAACACACACCCUUGCCUAGACCCCAUAACCGAGGAGGAGAAGCUGGAAGUGGAGGACUUCGACGCCGAAGGCGAACGCGAGGCUCGUGUCUUUACUCUGUGGCUCAACAGCUUGGAUGUGCAGCCUGCAGUCGUUUCAUUCUUUGACGACCUGCGGAAUGGAACAGUCCUCCUGCAGGCUUACGACAAGGUCAUCAAGGGCUCAGUAAACUGGAGGCAUGUUAACAAGCCCCCGGCGCAUGGCGGUGACAUGUCGCACUUCAAGGCGAUCGAGAACACCAACUACGCCAUUGAGCUUGGAAAGCAAAACGGUUUCUCUCUGGUCGGAAUCCAGGGAGCAGAUAUAACCGACGGGCAAAAGACUCUGACGUUGGGUUUGGUUUGGCAAUUGAUGCGCAAGGACAUUACCUUGACCCUGUCUGCGCUGGCUCAAAGGCUCGGCAAGCGUGAGAUUACCGACACUGAGAUGGUCAGGUGGGCCAACGAGAUGUCAAAGAAGGGCGGCCGCAACUCGUCCAUCCGGUCAUUCAAGGACCAGACUAUCGGCACCGGUAUCUUCCUUUUGGAUGUGCUCAACGGCAUGAAGAGCAGCUACGUAGAUUACGACCUGGUCACGCCAGGCCAGACGGACGAUGAUGCGUACCUCAACGCUAAGCUAUCCAUCAGCAUUGCGAGAAAGAUGGGCGCGACGAUUUGGCUGGUGCCCGAGGAUAUUUGCCAGGUCCGGAGUCGUUUGGUCACGACGUUUAUUGGUUCCCUGAUGGCGACGCAUGAAAAGAUGGCUUGAGCUUGUGGUGGGUCCAGUGGCUCGAUUUCGUGACACGAUGGCGCCAGGGGUUCAAAUCGGUUGGGAUGCUCGCGUGAGCUAGACGGGCUACCUCAGCUACACCGAGAAUAGGGCCUGUCUCAAGCGGUAGAUUAGACCGACGAGGCCUUUAGGUGAAAAAAAAGCUGGUUGCGUUUGGUUGAAACUGUCUUCCUUUCGGGAUGUAAAUGAAACAAACAACUUGCAAUGAUAUCUACCGUUAGCUAUUUUUCGAGUCGUGUUUGGUUCGGAU